UCACGAUGACAUCUCUGAAGUUUGCUUCAUGUCUGACUGUUCUGUUCUUGUGGAUAAUAGCCUUUGUGACUAAUCUCAAGAUGUCCUCAUCGGUGCGUCAAGACAGUGGUUUUAUACCAGUUAAAGUUGGAGACAAUGUGACUUUGCAAUGUGUCAAUGAAAGUAAAGCUGCAGUGAUGUUAUACUGGUAUAAACAAAGUCUGGGACAGAAACCGAAGCGCAUCUCUUCCUACUAUAAAUAUGACAAAAGUGGCACUGUUAUUGAUGAAUUCAAAAACUUUUCACGGUUUUCAGUCGAGAUUAUUCACGGUAAGAACCACCUGACAAUCUCGGAUUUACACAUUUCAGACUCAGCGACUUACUACUGCGUAAGUUACUCUGCAAACAAGUUUGAAUUUACAGAGGGUGUUACUGUCAGUGUAAAGGGUUCAGGAUUGAACAUCCAAGAUUUGGUUCAUCAGUCAGGGUUUGAGACCAUCCAGCCAGGAGGCUCUGUGACUCUCAGCUGUACAGUACACACUGGGACCUGUGAUGGAGAACACAGUGUUUACUGGUUCAAAGACUCUGAAGAAUCUCAUCCAGGAUUCAUUUACACUCAUGGAGACAGAAAUGAUCAGUGUGAGAAGAAACCUGAGACACAAACACAAACCUGUGUCUACAAUUUGCCGAUGAAGAGCCUGAAUCUUUCUAACGAUGGGACUUAUUGUGCUGUUGCCUCAUGUGGACAUGUUCUGUUUGGAAACAAGAAAAAGUUGGACUCAGCAGAUAAGGAUGACUCAUUUGUCUUGGUGUAUUUGUUGAGUGGAGCUUUGGCAUUCACCACCAUCCCGGCUGUUUUGCUAUCAUAUGCAGCAUAUAGAAUGAACAAAAGCUGUCAUCGUACAGACUCUCAAGCAAGAUCGUCACCUGACUCUGCUCCGAAUGCAGAAGGUUACCAGGAUUCAGACAACCUCCAUUAUGCAGCUUUGAGGAAACAUAAGAUCAACAGAACAAAAAGACACAGGGACAACACACAAACUGAAUGUGUGUACUCCACUGUAAGGCAGUAGAGCUGGACGUACUUUGUUUCUGUGUAAGAAGUGAUUAUCUAAAUCUGUGUAUCAAGCUUGAUAUUUUUCUUUCUUUAAUAGGAGCACUGUUGUAACAAUGCUUGUAAUGUCCUAAUAAAAGAAAUGCUUUCAGCAGCCAGGUGUCAGGUUGUUAAAAGUAUUAUUUUAAGCCAUGCCAGCUAGCGGCUCAUGGUCUGUCUAUCAGUUGGUCCACCUCUGUGUGUCAUGGUCUCAGCCUGGAGGCUCCAGGUUUUUGGAUUUUCUUGGUUUGGUUUUCUGUGUUUUUGGGUUUCUG